AGAGGGAGUUGGGACUCCGAUCUUUCCAGUUAAUCACACAACAAACUUAGAUCAUCGCAAUAAAAAGCAGCGCGGCUCACUCAGCCUCCUCUAGUGACCGACUGUGCACUGGGGUCCUUCCACGAGCCAUCUCCUCUCCUCCUCCCUGCAGCCCAGCGGCAGCAUGUGGGCCAACAAACUCCUGCCGGUCCUGCUGCUCCAUCUGCUGCUGCUGCUUCCCAUCACCAUCCCUUUGGCAGAGGGCAAAGGGAAAAGGAGAAAUGCUCUUCAUGACUUCAAAAAGACAGGCGAGACUAUGCUAAUUAGAUCAGACCUAUCGCUAGUGGGAAAAACCAAGUUGUUAAACACCACAGAGCAAUGUGCCAAGAGAUGCAGCAGGAAUAAAGGCUUUUCGUUCCCUUGCAAGGCCUUUGCUUUUGACAAAGCUACAAAACGAUGCCAUUGGUUCUCUUUCAAUAGCAUGACGAAUGGAGUGAGGAAGAAGCAAGACCAUGCGUUUGAUCUAUAUGAAAAGAAAGACUACAUUAGAAACUGUAUCAUCGGUAAAGGUGCAAACUACAAGGGAACAAUAUCAGUUACCAAAAGUGGCAUCCAGUGUCAGGCAUGGAAUUCUAUGAUACCCCACGAGCACAGCUUUUUGCCUUCGAGCUAUCGGGGUAAAGACCUACAGGAAAACUACUGUCGGAAUCCCCGAGGGGAAGAAGGAGGGCCUUGGUGUUUUACAAGCAAUCCAGAGAUACGCCAUGAAGUCUGUGACAUUCCUCUCUGUUCAGAAGUUGAAUGCAUGACCUGCAAUGGAGAAAGUUACAGAGGGCCAAUGGAUCACACUGAAUCAGGCAAGGAAUGCCAGCGCUGGGACCUUCAGAGACCACACAGGCACAAAUUCAGACCAGAGAGAUAUCCUGACAAGGGCUUUGAUGAUAAUUACUGCCGCAAUCCCGAUGGCAAGCCAAGACCAUGGUGCUACACUCUUGACCCUGACACCCCGUGGGAGUUCUGUGCAAUUAAAACGUGUGCGCAGACCAUUGUGAACAUCACUGAUGCUGCCGUAGAAACGACAGAGUGCAUCAAGGGGCAAGGUGAGGGCUACCGAGGUACCGUGAACACCAUAUGGAGUGGAGUCCAAUGUCAGCACUGGGACUCUCAGUUUCCUCACCAGCACAAUAUCACUCCCGAAAACUUCAAGUGCAAGGAUUUAAGAGAGAACUACUGUCGAAAUCCAGAUGGAUCGGAGUCACCUUGGUGUUUUACUACUGACCCAAACAUUCGGAUCGGUUAUUGCUCCCAAAUACCUAAGUGUGAUGUGUCAAGUGAACAAGAUUGCUAUCAUGGGAAUGGCAAGAAUUACAUGGGGAAUUUGUCUAAGACAAGAUCUGGGCUAACUUGCUCCAUGUGGGACAAGAAUAUUGAUGACUUAAGGAGGCACAUACCAGUAUUCAGGGAACCAGAUAUUAGCAAAUUGAAGAAAAACUACUGCCGCAAUCCAGAUGAUGAUGCUCAUGGUCCCUGGUGCUACACAAGCAAUCCUCUCAUUCCCUGGGACUACUGCCCAGUUUCUCGAUGUGAAGGCGAUACAACUCCUACCACAACCAAUUUAGACCAUACUGUCAUUUCUUGUGCCUCAACCAAACAGUUGAGAGUUGUAAAUGGAAUCCCAACACAAACUAACGAAGGAUGGAUGGUUAGUUUGGCUUACAGGAAUAAACAUAUCUGCGGAGGUACUUUGGUAAAGGAAAACUGGGUUCUAACAGCAAGACAAUGUUUCCCUUCUCGGUACAAAGAUUUGAAAGACUAUGAAGCAUGGCUUGGAGUUCAUAAUAUCAAAGGAAGAGAAGAGAAACACAAACAAGUUCUGAACAUCUCCCAGUUGGUGUAUGGACCUGAAGGGUCUGAUUUGGUAUUAUUGAAACUUGCCAGAGCUGUAGUAUUCAAUAAUUUUGUGGAUCUCAUCAGAUUGCCCAUUUCUGGAUGUACCAUUCCAGAGAGGACCACCUGCAGUGUUUACGGAUGGGGACACACAGGAUUGAUUCACUUUGAUGGCCUGCUCCAAGUAGCAAACCUAUUUAUUAUGGGAAAUGAGAAGUGCAACCAAUAUCUCAAAGGAAAGAUUACUGUGAACGAGUCAGAAAUCUGCGCUGGGGCUGAGGGCAUUGGCACUGGACCAUGUGAGAGGGAUUAUGGUGGCCCCUUGGUCUGUGAACAAAACAGGAUGAAAAUAAUAGUGGGUGUUAUCGUUCCUGGCCGCGGAUGUGCUAUUCCAAAUCGUCCUGGGAUUUUUGUCAGAGUGGCAUAUUACUCCAAGUGGAUACGCAAAAUCUUGUUGACGUACAAAUCUGAGUUAUAGCUGAAUAUUUCACACAAAACCACCAAUUCCAUUCACAUGAAGAUUUCAGAGAGCGUGAAAUUAAUGUGUAAUGUAAAGAUCCAUGAUUUUUUUAAAAACUACUUGAUAGUCAAGUUUCUUGAUCUUCUAUUGAUAUUUAUGGGUGUUUUCUGAAGAUUUUGUCUAUCAGUGUUGUUUUAUAGAUGUUGAAGUGAGCUACAGUAUAUGCAAGUAUGGUGACAUAUCUCCUGAAGAUACUUGAAUGGGUAAACAAAAUUGCAAAGAUACUAUUGCUGAAUGCAGAAGUGUUUUGUGGAAAUAGCUCAUGUGGCCUCUUUAGGCUGCUUCUCCAGAUCAGCUUGUCCAUGAGAAACAAACAAAACCUUUUUUUCUUUAACACCCCCUACUCUUGCUAUGUACCAUAUUCUGCUCUCUGUUUGUGGCAAAAGUUCUAUUGAGAGCUGUGUGCGUUGAUCAAGAACAGCAUAUAUGGACCUAAUUCUCUUCCCCCAUAUGCAGAAUUUAAAUAUGUUAAAUGCUAAACUUAAAAUAUCUUUUUAUUUGCUCAUUUCAUUGUGGGUCCAAUUCUGCAAGCCCUCCAUGAACAGAGCAAUCAUUGAAGUCAAUGGGAGCUCCUUUUACAUAGGAUUUAUAGGAUCUGGCUCUGUACUUGCUGUCCUAAGGGAUAUUACAAUAUAUCCUAAGGAUGAGGGAUGAGACAGAGAAACAGGUCGAUUAGCAAGUUAUCAGUCUUUUUUGAAUUGUUCCAGGGUACAUCUACUCUGCAGCUGGAGGUGUAAUUCACUGCUCAGGUAGAUGUACACAAAUCUAUACGUGCUAGAUUUGCUUGAGCUAGCAAGUUAAAAAUAGUCGUGUAGCUGUUGGUGCUGGCAAUGGCCUGGGCUAGCUUCCUGAGUACUUAUCUAGAGUCACUGAUGGGACUGCAAUCAGGCGGCUAAGCCCACGCAGCUGCCCAGGUUUCUGUGGCUACACAGCUACUUUUAGUGUGCUAGCUCAAUCAGAGCUGGAAACUGCACCUCCAGCUGCAGUGUAGAUGAACCCUCGGAUUUAAAAAACGCACCUAAAAGUGUAUUUCGUGGGAUCCCAGGAAUGUAUCUUGAUUAGCUAAUGACAGACCAUUUUUACUGUUAAAAUUAAUUGCAUUGUAAUAGAGAGUUUGGGCCAGAUUUCUCAGUAACUCAAGGGAAUAACUCUGGAUUUACAGCAGGAUAAGAGUAGAAUCUGACUAUGAGCUGAUAGAAUCAACAGG